AUGCGCGGCUCCGCCCCGGUGCGGGCGGGCGCGGGAAGUGGCUGCGGAGAGCGGCGUGGAGCUCCGGCCACACAAGCAGUGUUUGCUUUUCCUGCUGGAUUCAUCAUGAUAACUCCAGCUUUUGAACUGACCCAGGACCCGGAUUUCCUUACAGUAAAAAUCAGAGUGCCUUAUGCCAGAGCUUCAGAGUUUGACAUUUACUUUGAAGGGGAAGAUUUCAAAUUUUAUGCUAAGCCAUACUUUCUCAGAUUGACACUUCCUGGAAGAAUUGUAGAGGAUGGCAGAGAAAAAGCAUCUUACAAUACAGAUGAAGGUACUUUUACAAUUCAGUUGCCCAAGGAGAUUCCUGGCCAAUAUUUUGAGGGGCUGGACAUGCUGACAUCUCUUUUAGCACCAAAGAAAUCAAGAUCAGCAAAACCUUUGGUAGAAGAGAUGGAUACAGCUGCCUCUGCUGAACUGUCUGAAGAGAAUGAAGAAGAAUUUGACUGGGAAAUGGAACAGAUUCCUUAUGAAGAAAGCCCUCCACCACUGCAGCACCCCUAUGGAUUUGGGAAUUUGCGCUCAGGAGUGUUCCAGAGGCUGCAAGAUGAGCUCAGUGAUGUUAUUGACAUUAAGGAUCCAGACCAAACUCCUGCAGAGGAACGUAGGAGGAGACGUUUGGCAGCUGAGGCUGCCAAGUUUGAGCCUGAUCAUUACCUAGCUGAUUUUUUUGAAGAUGAAGCUAUUAAGCAUCUUUUAAAGUACAAACCCUGGUGGAUUGAUGCUCAUAAAAAGAUGACAGCCUUGCAGGGAGAAAGUCAUCAGGAACAUGACAGUCCUGCAUUUGUUGUCUUCUCUGAGGAAGAGAGAGAGCAGAUGAGGAAGUUCACAAAUAAAUCUUUUCUUCUGGAUAAAAGGAGCCGUCGCCACGUUUAUCUUGGAUUAAUUGAUAUUCUUCUGGCAUAUUGCUACGAGAUCCGUGUCAAUGAAGGGGACAAGAAUGUUGAAUCAUCUUGGAACAUCAGGAAACUGAGUGCAACAUUGUGCUGGCUGGAGAGUUUCUCCAGCAUCCAUGAUGUCCUGGUAUCUUUUGGAAGAAGAGUGCUGUGCUAUCCCCUGUACAGGCAUUUUGAGCUGGUGACACGUGCCUUCAGUGACACAGUCAUGAUUCUGCAGCUGGGGAAAGCUGCAGUGUUGAAGUGUCUGCUGGACAUUCACAAGAUUUUUAUGGAGAGUGACCCUGCUUACAUCCUUAAUGAUCUCUUCAUUACAGACUAUUGCAUCUGGAUCCAGAAAGUCAACUUAUGUGAAAACUUCCUUGAAAACAAUCAAAUCCCUGAUGUCAGUCUGCAGUGAGACUUCUUCCUCACAGCUCUAUGUUCUGGAGAUAACAGCUAUCUUGACUCUUCAGAUCCUGUGCUCCCUGUACUCCCUGGAACAGAAAGCAGAACUGGAGCUUGUAGGAGUUUGGCUUUACCUGGAGUUGUGUCCUGCUCUGCUCCCACCCUGCUUGUCACUCAUGUCCCAGUCCUGCCAUCAGUGCCAUCACCAGCUCUUCUCUUCCUGCUGCCACAGGUGGCCUUUGCUGUAAACCUCUAAUGAUCUCCCUUUCCUGUUGCCAUAAUCCUCUUUUUAUUUUUUUCAGAGUUCUGUCCAUCUCCCUUUAUUUGCUAAAUCUCCUUUGAUUCUUUGUUCUUUUCAGCCCAGUUUCACUCCUUUAUAAUCUAAGAUCUGUAGAACAAGAUUUUUUUCUUCUUCUAGCACCUGAAGAAACUCUCCUGUGCCUAGACAAGGAUUACUGUAGUUCUGUCUUGGAAUUUUAAUUCCAGACUACAUGGACAAGCCCCAAGAUGCUUCUCUUAUCUGUUCCUCAAAGCUAUGCAUUAAACAAAACAUGCAUCUGAUCAGUUUAACCUGUAAUUAAACAUUUUCCUUAAGCAACUGACAUUGUGAUAACUAAUAAUUAUCAUGUGUAGCACCUUUAAAACCUAUUAUGCAUGUUUAUGUAAGAACACUAUUACCAUAAUAAUAAGAUAUCAUUACCACAAAUGUGCAUACUGAAUGAGCAUGUCUUAAAGUAAUCAUGGAUUCCAUUAAUCAUACUUGAAAAAUUAAAGUAUUUGCUGUCUAAUCUCUCAAACACUACUUAAAAGGUUUUGGAAACAGCAGGGCCUGUUUACUGCAGGUCUCUCAUACACAAGAUCUCAUUUCUGGUGUCUCAUUUUUGUUUUCCUGAAUUGUUGCUUAUCUUUCACCUUGGGAAACCAUUGGCUCAGAGACCCACAGUCUCCCUUUGAAAGCAUCUCCAUGCUGAUUUUUAUGCUGUUUGCCUUGUUUUUUGUCCAGGGAGUGCUGCCACCUUUUCUUAAGGCUGAUGUGAAAUGCACUCCUGAAACUUGGUUGUCCUUCAAAUUAGAUAAUUGCCUUAAAGGAGAUGAACUCAUGGCUGAUUGUAAUUCUCUUAGUCCCUUGCACAGGGGCAGAAAAGAAACAACCCCAUUCUUCAAGUGUUCUUUGUUGGUUUCUUUUAAAUACAAGAUUGCAGAGUUGGGAAGCAGAGUUUUUUGGGUUUAUUUAUAAAAUUGUUAAGGGUGACAGUUUUGAGUUUGUCUCAUAUUUAAAAGUUGAGCUCUGUAGAUUCUGAUGGAGACUGGAUGAGAAGAAGGAAAGUUGGGAAGAAACAUUUGACCUAUUGAGAAAACUGAAAUGAGAGUUUAUAUAGUCAGAAUAUUUGGGCUUGGAAGGGACCUUUAAAGGCCAUCUAGUCCAGCUCCCUGCAGUGAGCAGGGACAGUAAAUACCUGGUGUGGCCAAAAGUUAAAAAACCAACUUAAUUGCUUUAGGGAGAUCAUUCUUUUAUCUGUCAGCAGGACCACUUUGAAUUUAGUAGCAUAAUGUGUGUUCAAACAAGUCUGUUUUCUUCUUAACACUUGGCAUUAGGUAACCUGGACACAGCAAAGUAUUUAUUAAUGCGACAAAAGCACAUUAUAUCAUACAACUCCUUAAUACCUGGUGCAGUUCUGUGAUAUAUUUCUGUAUCUUAAUAUAUAAACUGCAUCAUAAGAAAAUAGUGAAGUAGGGGGAGAGGAUUUUAAGGACUGAGAAUCUGAAGCAAGGGAAAUAGGCAUGAAAAGUUAGAAAAACUAGGCAAAAAUAGGAAAAAGCAAAAAAACCCCAUAUAGAAUUACAGAAUAGAAUUAUAGAAUAUGCAUAUAGAAAUUGACAGAUACAGUGGAAGUGUGAGGAGAAGCAGGAUUUUGAAAAUUGCUUUUCUGUCAUAAUGGCAGCAGAGAAGCAGGGCUGAGACAGGCAGUGGGAACUGGGGGGAAAUGGUUGUGGCAGAGGGUGUGUGGGGAGUUACUCAUGGGGUCAGUGGAAUGAAAGGGAGCCACAUGAAAUGGGACAAACCAGGGUUCUGGGCACGAGCUCCUGUGGCUGUGGACAGGCAGGAACAGGGGAGGAGAAGGAAUUGAACCCUGAUGGUCUGAGCAGCUCUCACAGGGGAAGGGGCACGUGCACAGACAGUUAGAAGGAAGGAAAGAGGCUGUUGGAAAAGCAAAGCAAAAUGCUUUCUGAAAGGGAUAUAAACUCCUGUCACCUGGGGUGUAAAUCAGCUUCUCCCCAGUGUGCCCAGCAGGCAGAUUUCCCUGCAGCCACUUGUUCUGUCCCCACCUACCUGCAAGGCUCCAUGAACCUCUCAAUGCAUCACUUGGCUUCUUUCCCUUUCUCUUUUCUGAUGGAGCAGGGAGAAUGCUUGCUUUGUUCCCAAUUAAGUUGGCAAGUUCUCAAAUCCCCCAAACUUUUCAAGAAAAAUGCAAGUCCUUGACAAAAAAAUGGAAAUAAGUUUCCAGAAAGAAAACAUUACUCUAAUACGUUUUUAAAAUUUGGUGCCCCUUUUUUUUAUUAGAGGCUGGUAGGAUCAUGUUGCAUUUAAUUCUUAGCUUUAGACUUGAAAAUUCUAGAAAUAGAAAUUGUUUUCUGUUGCUUUACUUCUGGGAAAAUUAUUUCACAGUUUCCUGGUCAGUGGGUUGAACUAAGGAAGUCUAGUGUGAUUUAUUCCAAGUUUUUAAAGCAUUUAAAUGUUGCCCUGUCUGUAAAAUGUGUAAGAAGCUGCACUGAAUUUCCCUUCCCCCACUUAAAAAUGCAAUUCCUUUAGGAGCAAAAAAAAAAAAAAAGUGGAAGCAUCUAUGUUAUACUGAGUAAUUAUGCCCCCUGGGAAAUAGAAUAUAAAGAUCUUUAAAAUCAUUCAAGUGAGAGAACAAGCACUUUAACUUUUGCCUUGCAGGAGCUGUGUAUUACAUCCCCAGCUCCUUGCUCCAGUGUCAGUGUGUCGUGCCUUGCAGGUUCACAGCCCUGGCAGAGGAAAUGAAACCCAGUCAGUUACUGCAGGAUUUAUUGCAGACCUGCUGCUGCAGGAAGUGGUGAAAAGCUGAUUGAUAGUCUGAGGCAAAACUCCACAACAAGAAACAGGAUGUAUGUUUGGGUUUUUAUGCCCGUUUUCCCCUCUGCCCUCACCCCCCUCCGUUUCGAGGCACUCUCUUUAAUUUCAGUCUCUGUUUAUAAAUCCAUGGUGCCCUUUCCUGGUAAAGCACGUGCUGGCUUCCAGCCCUCGAGGAAAUGGAUGGGGCUGCACCAGAGACUGGAAGCCAAUGUGGUGUGUCUGCUUUAUUAGGGACAUCUAUCUCAAUGGUCCUGGUACUCCUGCUGAAUUCUAUUUCAGCUGAAUUCCAAGGGAAGGGUGGAGUACAUCUCAGCCAGAGUUAUUGAACAUCUCCUGUGAUCGUGGGUGAGCAGGCUGGGUGGGAGAGGAGGAGCCUGGAUCACUAAUCAGAAUGUUCUCCUGGCUCAUAUGCAUUUCACAGAUAUCUCUGGGAGGGUAGGAAACCAAAAUGAUUUUGCUGCACAUAAACUUCAUCCAGCCAGCCCUCUGCUGCAGAGUGGGCUGCUAAAGACAGCAAACCUGAAAAGGUUUGUUCUGAAAUCUCUCCUCCCUCCCUGUGCACUGCUGAAGCAUUCCACAGCAGGAUCUUUCAGGAAGGUGUCCUCAAAACCUUUCGGUGGGAUAUUGUCUAACCUUGUGGGAAAAGUUACCCUAAAUAAUUGUAAGUAGGAAUCCUUCUGAUUGUUUUUCUUCCUGUAACAUCCACUUUUACAAUCAGGGUUGCAGAAGAAAGUUGUUUGCAUACCAAGCAAAUGAAAGAAAUGUUUAAGGUUGGUGUUCUCGUUAUCAAAUGGGAAAGUUCUGCUUGUCAGGUUCAAUAACAUAUCUUGUUCUUUG